AUGACCAAGGGAUGCGUCCAAGGCUCGACCUGCGGACCCAUCCUUUGGAACAUGAUCUUAGACGAACUCCUCGACUUACCCCUUCCUCCAGGAUGCCAUAUUCAGGCGUUCGCCGACGACGUCCCGCUAAUUGUUUCCGCGAAAACGGUUGAUGAUAUUGAAUAUUACACUAACCGCGCCUUGGACACCGUAGUCAGAUGGGGCAGAAGCGUAAAACUAGAAUUCGGCCCUUCCAAAACGAAAAUGAUAGCGUUCACACCUCAAGCCAAAAAAGCCAAUAUUGAAAUAAAUACACAUAGCCUAACAUUCGAUAAAGAAAUAAAGUAUUUAGGGAUUAUUAUAGACCAGAAAUUAACAUUUAACAGCCACGUACACUUCAUUAUAAACAAAGCGAGCCGAAUUUUUAAUAAACUUUGUAUGUACACUAGACCUACCUGGGGCGCACACCCUGAAAACAUAAAAACCAUCCAUAAUCAAGUCAUAGUACCCGUUAUCACAUACGCGGCGGGCGUAUGGGGACACACCGCCCUGAAAAGGUGCAAUAAGAAAUCCCUAGAAAGCCUCCAGAGAGGAUUUGCCAUCAGGGCUAUAAAAGCCUUCCGUACCACCUCAACAACAGCGGCGCUGGCGUUGGCGCAGUUCAUGCCUCUCGACCUUAAAAUCCUCGAGCGACACCAAAUAGAAACCUCUCGCCUCAAUGGCACAUCCCCUUUUCUCCCCAAGGACGUCCUUAUGGAACUCCCCACCCCCAUCAGGAACCUUCUCCACCCAGCCGAAAGAGUCACAAUUCAAUUCCAAUCUCUUAGCAGCCAAAACCACAUUAAUUCCGUCUGUCCACCUUCCGCUUGCCAAAUCUACACAGAUGGCAGCAAGCAAGAAGAUGGAUCCGUAGGGGCUGCUUUCAUCGCAUGGGACCCGGGACCAAAUGUAGCAACACCAAAAACAUUCAAACUACACAAAUGUUGCACAGUCUUUCAGGCCGAACUCCUAGCCAUCUUAGAAGCUUGUAAAUUCGCUCAUGAACACAAAUUCCCACUAACCUACAUCCUCACUGAUUCCCUGUCUUCACUCCAUGCUAUCCAGAAUAGAAGCAAUACCCAUCCCCUCGUCACGCAAAUACACCAAAUCAUUUACCACCACAGAAAUACGGGGAACAUUCACUUCGCAUGGAUUAAGAGUCAUGCCGGCAUUACAGGGAACGAGGCCGCAGAUCAUUUAGCCAACUCGGCCGCAGCUCUCUCUUCAACACCCUAUUACGCCAAGUUCAGCGUGUCCCACCUAAAACAUGAACUGCGACAACGUCAGCGCCAAACCUGGGAAGCCAGGUAUCAGAGCGCGCCACAGGGAAGCCACACAAAAACUUUGCUCCCCACACUUGACAGUGUGUCCAACCUCUGGGCGGCUACCAAAGUCUCAUUUCAGCUCACGCAAUUUCUCACUGGACACGGUUACCAUAAGGCUUACCUAUACAGAUUUAAAAUAGUAGAUAACGAGACAUGCCCCUGUGACGAGACAACGGUUCAAACCCUAAACCAUUUAAUAAAAGAAUGCCCCCGAUUCCAUAGCCGAAGACUUGACCAUGAAUUCCUUUGUGGAAACCUUAAGCUGCCCCCCUGUACACUCACCGAAAUAAUCACUAAAGUGUCUGCCAUAGAGUCCUUCGUUAAAUUUAUAACUUACAUUAUCGACAACUUAAAACUGUUCAACUCUUCAACAAACCAGUGA